UUCGUUUGAAAUCGAAGCUUUAAGUUUGUAUAUUAUAUCGAAGGUAUACGAUGAAGUCGGUCGAUAAGUGACGUGAUUGUGAUUUCCUCAAAAACAAGGGGAUUACCCCAAUUGAAUUUUUCUUGUAAAAACUAGAGAAUGUCUUAUAUUGUUGAAUUGAAUUUUGAAGAUAAUAUACUGAAUUGAACGUACAACUAACCAUUUAUCGUCGAGCAUUAUUUUAUUGAUGCUACGCCAUAGAAGUAACCUAAUUUUAGGUAUUGAGUAAGGCGAUGGAAAUUGUUAAACGCGUAAUAAAAUCUAACCAUUAUUCCGAAACAAUUUAUUGUUACAAAACAGAAGUAGUGAGUGAAAAUAGUAGUCUUCUCGGCUUCAAGGAUUCUUUACCAGUUUUAAGCAAACCUAUAUAUAAUAAUAUUAAUAUGGCAUCUGCACCUGGCAAACGAACUGUUAGAGUUGAAACCAAUAGUAAUACUGGCGAGAAGUUUAUAAUGCUUAAUGGUAAGAAAAUCAAGAUAUUAGCGGAAUCUGAAAUACCCAAAAACAGUCAAAUAACAAAACUAGCUUCACUUCAAAAUCUAAACAAUUCCAAUUGUCCUGUGAAGAUAAAAAUAUUAAAAGGGAUCUCAAAGAAGAAUGAGGAAUAUCAAAAUUCGUUAACUAAUCAUACUAAUAUCUAUCCCAUAAAUAUUGAUAAGAAAGUUACAUCACAGAUAACUGGAAAAAUACCAUUAAAUGAAAACAAGUUUAAAAUAAUACCAAUCAGUAGUGUGGAGAACAUCGUAGCAAACACAACUGAUAAGACUACUGUAGAUAGCCUCAGAAUGUUAAAAAAUGAUAAUGUUACUAACAAACCCAUCAUUGUCAAUACAACUUUAUUGAACAAUCUUAUUAAUAGUACAAGUAAUAUUCAAAGUGCAGCUCUAGAUCUAACCAAAAAUUGUGAUAUGCAGGAAACUACCAGGACAGCUGUAGUGAGCAAAGACAAAUGUUUACAAGCAGACAUUAAACCCAUUAUGGUUACUAAGGAGGUGCAAACCGAUGAUGAUCUUGAACUUGAUUUGGAUUAUUUAUUAAGAAUGGAUAUAUUUGAUUUACCCAGUAUAAUUAACGACAUAGAAACGCAAAGUCCAAUAUCUGCUGGCAAAAUGAUAAAUAGCAAUAUUGUUGAUGAUGGUACUACUAAAAAAUAUACUACAUUGAAUAAUGUGGUUUCUAAAAAAAAUAAUGAAAAUUCUUUUCUACCUAGUAGUAAAUCAUCAAAAAACUGUGCAGAGAAUUUUUUCAAGGAAUUGCGAAAUGCCCUUAUUUUUGAUGAACAAGGGAAUUUACCAAUUCAUGUAGCAGUUCUGACGAAUGACAUCAAGUUUGUUAAACGUAGUAUAUUUAUCCUGAAACUUUUGAAACAAUCAAUGGAUAUACCGAAUAAUAAAGAUUAUAGUCCGCUUCAACUAGCAAUUAUUAAUGACUCACCAGUGAAUAUUAUCGGCGCUCUAUUAACUAACGGCGCUAGCGUUCAUCUCACGGAUUCGGAAGGAAAUAAUGUUAUCCAUUACGCAGUUGAAUUCGAAAGAGCCGAAGCCUUGAAAUGGUUAUUGAGCUACAUUGGACCGGAGACAAACUGUAUAGACGAAUAUAAUCACGAAGGGUUAACGCCGUUGAUGAUAUGCUGUUUAAAUGGUUAUCACGAUUGUGCAGAAAUUUUGUUGGAAUCUGAGGCUAACCCAAAUGUCAAAGAUCAAAUUUCUGGUAGGACGGCCCUGUUUCAUGCCUCCGAAAGGCAAGAUGUUGACAUGGUUGAGAUGUUGUUGCAAUUCAAUGCUUGCACCAAAACGAAAAAUUUUUUCGGAACCAGCCCGCACGACGCCAUGUACGAGAUCGAAGAUAUGCCGGAACAAAUAAAAUUCAUGAUUUUAGGAAAAAAUAAACGGAAAACCGUCGACGAUCCGAGACCUUCAAAAUAUAAAAAGACUGAAUUGAAUAAAGCCGGUUUGAAAACUUAUGCCAGAUUGGAAAAAAUCCAAUUCAAACCUAACGUAAAAACGUUUUCAGUUGUUAAAUAAUAACAACUUUUAAUUAGCUGCGCAUAUUAUGAUCGGUAGAUGUAGAUUGUUGUACUACAACUUUAAAGUUUCAACAUCUGCAGCUAUCACCAAUCGUGCAGCUACUAUAAAGACAUAAUAUCUCAAAAUGGAAUCGCCUUUAUUGAAGCAUGCGACAGCGGAGGAUAAGUUUUUAGUGACAAAUUCUUAGUGACGUAGAAAAAUGACAACACUAGAUGAUAUAUAUAUAUAUAUAUAUGUUGUCUAAUGUUGCCUUAUGAUAUUUACUUCGGAAUUUAGUAUCUAUAAUGUUUGUGUUCACUUUAAUUUUAUGCAGUUGUUAAUAAUUUUAUUGUCUAGUAUAGAUAGUGCCAGAUGGGUGUACUUCACGAUAUGAAUUGAAUUGUAGAAUGUAAUUAUCUAUAGUUUUAAGUUAGAUUUAAGUUUAAUAAGUAAAUAUUUAUUAGGUAGUUAUCUGAAAUUUUAAAUGCGUAUAAACAAGUUAACCAUUUCACUUAAUGCCUACUACAGUGAAUUAUUCCAUUAGAAGAUUACUUGACUGGAAGGCUUAUUUUGUAAUGGUUUUCAUCCCUAUUCUGUUGUUACUUUUGUAUUAUCAGGAAUGUUGUUGAAACGUUUUUUUUUCUUGGAGAGUGGGGAGAGCCAGAAGUCGUAUAAUACUGGAUAUACGAGGAGAAACAGAAAAAGUUUUGCCAAAAACUCCCCAAUCAAAAGAUUUGGGGUACUCUGUUUUAUUGAAAAUGUUUUUGUACGUUUUUCUUUGUUUUCAAUGUCUAUGCAUGAAUCGAACGUUCUUCGUCCUGAACCACUUUUAAAACAGUCUUCACAGUACCUAGCUCAAUACCGUAGACUAAUUUUGAUGUGACUGUCUUUGGUACUUUUUUAAAAUUCAAUUGUCAUUUUAGUAGCACCUCGAAUACAAAGCGCUCAUGCGUUUUGAUACCUGAAAUAAUGAAAAUUCUAUUGUAGCAAAUAUAUAUCGGUACCAUACAGAACAUUUAGGUACUUUGUAUAGUAUUUAAGUACUCUUUGAGUACUUUCUACAAUAUUUAAGUAUUUUCCGAACAAUUUCUAUAGUAUUUAAGUACUUUUAAAGUGCUUUUUGUAGUAUUCAAGUACUUUUCGAAUAUUUUCUACAAUAUUUGAGUACUCUUCAAAUAAUUUCCAUAGUAUUUAACUACUUUUAGAGUACUUUCUACAGUAUUUGAAUACUUUUUGAGCAUCUUCUGUAGUAUUUAAGUAGUUUCUGAAUACUUUUCGAGUACUUUCAAGUAGUAAUUGCUGUAAUACUUGAUACUUUUUUGAUUAUUGGAGAAUUCAAAUUAGUGAAGGCUGUUUUUUAGAUUUUUUUAUUGAACAAUUUUAUACUUAUAAUUCCAUAAAGGAAAGUCAAUUAUGACUGUUACUAUUCUCCUUUUAACAAUUCCAGUAACUACCUAUUUAUAGCCGGAAAUAAUCAGUAUUAGAAAACUUAGUUUCUUGAUAGUCGUUAGAAAUUUCUUCUAAUUAUUUUCAUUAAGUUUCGUUUAGGUUAUCAUCAAGUUCAAUAGUGGAAACAAAAUUUUUAUUAUUGAACCAGAUCCUUAGAAAAUUGUAAAAAGUAAAAGUAGUAGGAUGAAACCUAUUAAAAAAGCAAUAGAAUAUAAGAAAAAUCAAAGAAAAAAUAAAUUACGGUUGAUUUUAGGUUAGGAAAAGGAAGGGGGGGAGUGAUUUUCUAUAGGUUAAAAACUUCAUCUGGCUUUGUGGUAAAAUUAUGAGUCUUAUGGAAAAAGUUAGAUACUAAAGUUAUAGGUAAUAAAAAAAUCUACAAUUUUUGUAUCCACACUUUUUUCACAUAACCUCAAAAUUUAUGUGAAAAAUUUAAAUAACUAAGUUUUUGGUAUUUUUUGUACGAAAUUCUGUGCAAAAACCGUUUUAUGACUAAAAUAAACUACAAUUUUUUUUAUUUUGACUUACUAUCGAAAAUCGUAACGUCAAAAUAUCUCCUUUUUUCAGGUCUGAUAAAAAGUCAAAA